AUGCAUUCUCGUGGGGGAGGUGCGGAGGAGAAGAGGAAGAUAAUGUGGCUAGAUUGGGGUACUGUUUGUUUGAGUAAGGAAAAUGGUGAGUUGGGAGUGAGAAAAUUAAGGGAGUUUAAUGAAGCUUUAUUGAGAAAAUGGUGUUGGCAGAUGCUGGUGGAGAGGGGAGGUUUGUGGUAUAGGGUGUUAACGUGUUGGUUUGGGGAGCGCCGAGGUCAGUUGAAUACAUGGGAAACAAGGGGGUCUGCGUGGUGGCAGAGUAUGAAUAGAACCCGCCAAGGGGUGAGAUUGAGUGAUACAGGGUGGUGGCUUAAUAAUGUUGAGCGAGUAGUUGGUAAUGGGGAGAACUCCUUGUUUUGGAGGAAUCCUUGGCUGGAAGGAGGGCUAUUGAUUGAUAGAUUUCAGAGGCUUUAUGACUUGUCGGAGUAUAAGGAAGCGUCAGUAGUGAAGAUGUUUGAAUUAGGGUGGGGAGUAGGAGGAGAUGCUUGGAGUUUGCGUAAGAGGUCGUUUGCAUGGGAGAAAGAGUUGGUGGGGGAAUGUAUUCGUCUGUUGGAGUCUGUAAUGUUGCAAGAGGCGGUGGACGAUUCUUGGGGUUGA